ACUAUGUCUGCCUAUAACUGUUCGGACCCUAGCUCUGCAAGCAAUGGAUAUUUUGUGAUCGCUAAACCUUAUUACGUAGAUGGAGACCGGGUGUACUAUUAUUGUGAGUAUUCGUAUUUCUUACAAGGGAAUCCCAUCAGAGAGUGUGACGGGGAUACCGGAAACUGGACGGGGAAAGCCCCCACCUGUACUGCCACCACUACCACUAUCACGACAACCACAGCGGCGCCAGUCAAUGAGUGGCUUUACAUGUCCAUCGGUCUCUCCACGUUCCUAAUUGUAGUUUUUGUUUGUAUUGUUGCCAUGGUUAUUCUCAAAUAUUGCCAUAUACUAUGUAGGCAGAAAACACGUGUAAGGGACGAUGAAGAGGAAGUAGAGACCGGAUGUUGCUAUAUUUGUUGUCUUCACUGUUGCACUCUGGGAUGUCGUAGAUGUUUUCCUAGCAAUAACAUUACUUCUCAACCUGCCCCUGAAUUCCCCCCUCAAUCCCCUGAACAGUCUCCGGUACCCAGUAUGAAAUCUAUGAGUAUGCAGACAGAGAGUCCAGUGCGUUUAAAGUUACAUGAAGUUGUGUCUUCGAAGAGAGUGGCGAAGGAACUGAAAAAUUACUGGAAACCUCAUAAACAUGAUAUUCGUGCAAAUAAUCAAAGCACAAACUGAAUAAAAAUUCCAGUCCUGAUGACUCGAAACUGCACGAUA